AUGAGAAAGUCUAAAUCAAUACAACCUGGCCGAAAUGAAGAGGAUGAAGUUGCAUUGACUGAUAUGGAUUCGAUGGAUAACUUAAUCGUAGUACGAGAUUCUUCUGGUCCCGGGCCGACUAAAUCUAUGACUUUAAAAACUCGUGCUUUGCCAGUCAUAGAUCCGGUUAAAGAAGUGGAAAUAUUGGAAAGUAUUGAAGCUGCAUACUUCAUCGACGAAGGAUUUGAUGCAACUGAUUAUGAAUUGAAAAAAGUCAUGGACAGAGAUAUUUUACCUGAAGAUCUAACUGGAGAAAUAAAUAAGUUAAAACAACAAUUACAAGUUGUUUCAAAACGAGUGUCGGAAAUGAUUGUGCAGGACUGGCCAUCUUAUUCAUCUCAGCUGAAAGAUAUCGAUGAAAUUCAAAAAGAUUUAGAUAAUAUUCUUUCGGUAAUGCAGGAGAUGCGAAAGAAACUUGGUCAAGCGAAGCUUGAAAAUCAAAAUGGGCUGGAAAUAAUCGCAAAUUACAGAAAUCGAAUAUUUUUAAGGAAGUUGCUGUCAUCCCUCGAGAGCAUUAAAACAUUAUACGAAGUGCAGUUCCAAAUUAAGGACCUUGUCCAGGAGGAAAAUUUUCCUGCAGCUAUUAGUAUGUGCUAUGAAGCACAGAAAGCUACAGUAACUUUUAAUCGAUUCAACUGCGUCAAAGAGUUGUCAACAAAGUUGCAUGAAGCUCUGGAAGACAUUGAAAUAAAUUUGGACAAUUGUUUGGCAUCAAUGACUAUUUUAUUCAGUGUUGAUCGCUACUCAUCAAUUUAUACUGCUUACAAACUAUUAGGUAAAAUUGAGGAAUGUGCAAUGAAAAUAAUUGGUUUUACUCAUGCAACUUUGGAAAGUUCGGCGAGAACGGUUAUUAUUGAUAAGAUUUUGCCGAUUAAGAAUGAAGCAAAAAUUGAAGAAUUAUCGUAUGAGCAGCUUUGUGAGGCUGUGAACUUGGGACAAAUAUUAGAUUGUGUACGUGAAUUGGGAUUUGUUAUUUGUAAAGUUUUGUUUACAUAUCAUUCCAUUUUACUUUUCCAUAUAGAUGAAGAUGAAAGGUUGGAAUAUGCACACGAAAAAUGUGAAAAUGUGGGUAUUGUUCGUAAAAUUCUCGUGGAUUCCUUACAUUCUAUUUUCAAAACUGCAUCAAUGAAAUUCAAUACUUUAUUAUAUUGUCAUGAUCUAUCUCUUCUAAAAAUCGAUCAAUUUUUAGAUAUUAUUGAAAUGUCAAACCGGUUCAAGCAAUUUGGUCGUACUUAUUUCGGAAAUAUUUGUGGUGAAGUCACAAUGUCAUUGGAAAAACAAAGUCAUCUGUACUUCAAAAGAUUCCAUUAUGAACGAAUGGAUGAGUUACGUAUGUUUUUGGAAAACGAAGCUUUCGCUUUAUGUCCAGUACCAUUGCAGUUUACUUUGUUCGAUUUGCAGGAAUUCAGUUUCCUAAAAGAAUCAAAUGAAUAUCAAAAAGGAGCAGGUUUUUCUGUGUAUUCCGAAACUGAUUCAGAUCUAGCGGAACCUUUGGACUUUCAAAUUCUUCAACCGACAGACAUGAAUCCUUUCACAGUGAGAACUGCAGAUAUGGAUUCAUCUGCUAAAGAUGUAAAUAUCGCUGUUAUUACAACUGUGAAGAAUUCGUCAAACGAUGAUACGGAUAGCGACAGGUAUGGUAUGGAUGAUAGUUUCUCACAGUUGGCUCCAAUUCUUUGUAACACAUCACUGAAUCUCUUGCGCUUUAUUGGGAAAUACAUUCGGAUGACUUAUAUGCUUCAUUCAGUAGCUGAUCAUGCUGUAAAUGGUAUUUUUGAACUCUGCAGCUAUUUUUUCCUUUCGGUAUAUUCGUUUUUCACUUCAAAUAUACAUAAUGUUGCUAGUUCUUUUUUCUCUUCAAGCUUAAAAAGUGUUGUGGACAAUUUAAAAAGUGAUUUAUUCAACGGCGAUUUACCUUCAAAAGGUGCAAGUAAUUACAAAUGUUUUCCAUGUACAUUGUUACAAGAUGUUAAGCUUGAUUUGGGGCCUAAUUAUGCUUUACGUGAACGCAUUAUUGGCGCUGAAUCUAUAAAUUUUAUUUCUAAACAACUUGACCUCAUCCGUCCAGUCAUUGAAUCGCUGGUUAAUCGUGAUGUUAUCGAGAAGUACUAUACGGAGAUCUUGGUGAUAAUACCAGAAAUGAGAAAGUGUAUAUAUGGUUGCGCAGUAAGCCGUUUAAUUGAUUAUGACAAAUUUGUGAAUGAUAUAAUGACAACGAAAUGGGAUAUUGGUCAACUUCAAUCGCAGCAUAGUACCUAUGUUGAUAAUAUUUUACAGGAAUUUUCAAGAAUUAAAGAUUUGCUUUCGGAAAUCGCAGAACAAAUACCAAUCACCAAGUCUGUUCAAAAGACUUUUUGGAGCACAGUUAUAUGUUGUACAUUUAGUGCACUUGUCAAAGGCUAUGGUGAAUUUGGGAAAAAAUGCUCGAAUGAAGGACGUGCAUUAAUGCAGUUGGAUUUCCAACAGUUAAUUGCAAAACUUGAACAGCUUGUCGAUUUUAUGCCCAUCCCACACAAGGCAUAUGUAGAAAAUUACAUCAAAGCUUAUUAUUUACCUGAAAGUUCGAUGGAAUCAUGGAUUCUGCAACACAGACUGUUUCACAGCGCGAUUUCGUUUUUCCCCUUACUCCAUAUUUCUACACAACAUCGAUUCGAAGAGCAGAAACUGCACUAUAACAAGGCCGAAUUUCGCGUAAAUCAUCGUUCAGAUCCAUACAUUGAUUUGAGCAAAGAUUUUGUGGAUAAGAAAAUAAGAGGGAUGUUCUUUGAGAAAGAUAAACUGUGUCUUCAACAAAGACUGAGCAAUGGGAUAAAUAUCGGAUCAUCGAACUUCGAACUGUCUACGGUUGUCUUACGAUUCCGUUUACAAAAUAAACACUAUUUAAUUCGUUCGACUGUAGCCCGGUUAGUUGAGGGCGAUUACCAUUUGAAAUUUAACAUCGAAACUUGCUUAUUACAAGCUGCGGGACCUCCAUGGCGAGGCCCGGUCACUGCACUUCUCGAUCGGGUUGACCCGUGUGGCAAUCCCAAGUCGGGAUUGGCCAGCAGCUUAAUUUUUGCGUUUGGGGAAAGCGUUCGCGCUUCCCUGUGGUCGGGUUGGGGGUCUACACUGGGGUUGUGGUGUCUUGAGUUCUCGUGUAGUGAAAAUUUUGAGUAA